CUCUCUCUCUCCCCCUCUGUGCCAUGUUGUUGCCGGUGCAUGGUUAAUCCCCCUGCCGUCCGUGCUCCACUCCAUGCCCGUCUUUAAUUCCCCCUAAAGCCCCCCAGCUGCCCUCCUGCCUUCGCACUCCGCGCGACAGAACGCGAGCCGUUCGGGCUGAUUAAUAAUUCACCGGUUAGCAGCGCUCGCUUUCCUCUGUUUCUUUUAUUCUGGCCCCCGAACACUCACUCACUCCGACUGCAGCUCAGCGCCGCGCGCCUCGCAGAGCCCGCCGCUUCUCCGCUCGCGCUCGUUUUUGUUUUUACCGUCGACUCGAGUCCAAACGGUGAAGGAGAGAGAGUGAGAGAGAGAGAGGAAGAGAGUGAGAGAGAGAGAAGGGAUGGAGACGAAGCACCAGACCGCCUGAAGGUUCUCGGAGAGACGCAGAAAAGUUGGUUCUCCGCGCUCGCGGGCGCCGAGCUGAGCCGUCAGCCGGGAAACACUUACCUCAGAGCGGACUGAGAGACGAGCGAGGGCCGGUACUCUCUCUCUCCCACACACACUCGCAGACACACACACUUUCACACAGUGACGGGGGCCGCGAGCUGCCCCGCCGGCUCGGACAGAGUUUCUCUCCAGCAGCCCUUCUCAUCCGGAGAACGGAUACACAUUAAACAGACAUUUUCUGAUAAAAAAGACGAAAAAAAUGCUCGUCGUCUCGCGAUAAAAAAGCUGCUUUUGGUUUCCGAUAGAGGCGAAGAACGAGAAGUGAGCGCGCGCUGCCUCUCCUCCACUUCUGUGUUUUUUUUCGGGGGUAAACUUUUUUUUCGGAAGGAGGAAAAUGGGUCUUUGAGACUGUUGGCAGGCAAUCUUCCCCGCUCCACAAUGGCCACCGAAACCUUUCUGGUGAACGAAGACCCAUCCAGAGGUCCUGGGAUGCCAGAAUGCUUUGUAGUGUCUGAUUCCUACAGGGAUGAGUUUCAUCCCUUCAUUGAGGCGCUGCUGCCGCACGUGCGCGCCUUCUCCUACACCUGGUUCAACCUGCAGGCCCGCAAGCGCAAGUACUUCAAGAAGCACGAGAAGCGCAUGUCCAAGGAUGAGGAGCGCGCCGUCAAAGACGAGCUGCUGGGCGAGAAGCCCGAGAUCAAGCAGAAGUGGGCGUCGCGCCUGCUGGCCAAGCUGCGCAAGGACAUCCGGCCCGAGUUCCGCGAGGACUUUGUGCUCACCAUCACGGGCAAGAAGCCACCGUGCUGCGUGCUGUCCAACCCGGACCAGAAGGGCAAGAUCCGGCGCAUCGACUGCCUGCGGCAGGCCGACAAAGUGUGGCGGCUGGACCUGGUGAUGGUCAUCCUGUUCAAGGGCAGCCCGCUGGAGAGCACGGACGGUGAGCGGCUUGUCAAGUCACCGCAGUGCACCAACCACGGUCUCUGUGUGCAGCCUCACCACAUCGGCGUGUCCGUCAAGGAGCUGGACCUGUACCUGGCCUACUUCGUCCAUUUGCCAGUAUGUGGUCACAGGCGCGCAGGCAGAGGGGUCUGGAUGCCGAGAGGGACAGAGAUGAGAUGAGGACAAGUGGAAAAGAGAGAUGUGGAAGAAAUGGGCAAAAAGAGGAGAGGUUCCUCUGACUCUCCACCAAAUUCUGGUGCUAUCUCUUUCUCUCUGGCUCUCUCACUCCCUCCAUCCAGCAGCGAAGAACACUGCUCUUUAAUUUGGACGGCUUUCCCAAAAACAGAACAGGCAAACGCAGCUGCAGACCUGAAUCUGAGCUCGGGAAAUGCCCUCAUAUGAACAACAGCAAGAUUUAACCGUUUUUGACCUGAUACCUUACAAUCGCCUGGAAAUAAUUCUGUAGAAUUGUUUUCCGAGAUUCCGCAGCACUAAUUAUAACGGCAGGGCUAAUAAUGAUUGUAUUUGGGAAACAAGAGUACGAAGUAGCAGACUAAGCCUAGAAUAAAGACAGUGUGAAAUGCCAAGAUGGAGACAAAAGGCGGUCUGCAGAGGGAACUCAAGCUGGUGUGGCUGCCUGGCAGCCCUGUAUGGAGGAUGCCAGCUUUUCAAACCGCCCCUGCUCCCUCUGCCAACGGCCCUCCUUCUCCUCCUUUCUUUUCCCUUGCUCUCGUUUUUUUUGAGCCCCGCUUCUCCUCCUGCCCGUCCUCCACUUUCUCGACGGACGUUCCUCUCCCCCUCUUCUCUUUCUCACAAAAAAGUCUCCUCGCUGUUUUUGACACCUCUUUCGAAAGCGCAGACGGGAGGAGAAAACAAGCCUCCGCACCAGUACACCAUGAUCAUUUUUUUUAUUUUUUUCGAAAAUCCUGCUUCUUCAUUUUCCAUCUGACCAAGAAGUUACUCUUACGAUUCAGAGCUGUUUUUUUUUCGUACAGACCUGUGGGCUUUUUUGAAAUUCGUGUGUUGGCUGCAGCAGAUGAUCCCCCUGAUGGUGUCCAUGUUCCAAAUCAAAAUGGAGGCUUUGGCAACGCUGAGCCUCGUCUCAUGUAGCUUGUAGUGAGGCGAGCGUGGGGAGCGAGCUGAGGCACAACUCGAGAUUUAUUAUUUAUUAUCUGGCUAUUUAUGCUCUAUAAUAUAAUAUGUGGUCAAGUAAGAGGAUUUAUUUUUAGAUGAAAUGCUUCUUUUCACAAACACGAAGCUCCUUUUCUCUCCAAUCGAAUAAAGCACACACUUUUCUGGUGCCAGCAGACUGAAAGUUUUAUUUUAACAUGGCCUUUUUCCAUUUUGUAAUGUGUAGUAGAAGAAAGUGAGGCAGUUUGACAAGUCUGACUGAAAACAUACAUACACACACAACAUAUACACACACUCACACAUUCAAAUUAUACCCUAUUAGUGUCAGCGAGUGUGUGCAUGAAUGUGUCCUGGACUAGCUGUCAGUUGGAGUGUGUCUGUUUACAUUAGUGUAUCGUUAAUCUUGUGAGUCUGUGUGUGUCUGUGUGUGUGAGGGGCAGGCAGUGGAACUGAUGUGGUGGACAGCCUAAUAGCGGCGGUCCGAGUGAGGGGAAUAAUGAUUGGAAAAUGAGGAGCAUUAUUGCACUAGGGUAAACAGCACUCUGCUCGCGUGAAAAGAGCCCAUUCAGUUCGGCUCAGGAGCACCCUGCCUUUCUUCUCUACAGGGGUCUUCCCGUAGAUCCCAGAGGCAGCCUUUUGUUCUGCCACAGAGAGAGAGAGAGAGAGAGAGAGAGAGAGAGAGAGAGAGGUUGCCUGUGUGUCUACAGAGCCAGUAUUUUACUGAGGUGAGAAGGCAUGGUAGGGUUAAUGUCUUACAAGAGCCAUGUUUGAUCUUUAAGAAGUUAAAUCCUUGUAACAGUUUCACCAAACAGAGUACCAGCAGUCAAUUCCUGCGGCACAGUGAAAAAGUGAAAGAUAUAAUAUAGAAAUGAAUAAAGUAGUUAAUGUGGUGUAAUGUAGGAUAAAGGAGUUAAUGCAGUAUAUUGAAGAUAUGAAAGAAUUUUAGUUAAUGUAGCGUAUUGAAAAAAGUAGUAUAAAAUAGAAAUGAAUAAGUAGUUAAAGUAGUAUAAUGUAGGAUUGAAUAAAGUAGGUACAGUACUAUAUUGUAGGAUUAAAUAAAGUAGUAAAUGUAGUAUAAAGUAGGAAUGAAUAAAGUCGUUAAUGUAGUAUAAAGUAGAAAUGAAUAAAGGAGCUAAUAAAGUAUAAUGUAGGAUUGAAUAAAGUAGUUAAUGUAGUAUGAAGUAGAAAUAAGUAAAGCAGUAAAUGCAGUAUAUUGUAGGUUUGAAUAAAGUAGUUAAAUAGGAUUGAAUAAAGUCAUAAAUGUUGGAAUGAAUAAAGUCAUUGAAGUAGUAUGAAGUAUGAAUGAAUAAGGUAGUUAAUGUAGUAUAAAGUAGAAAUGAGUAAAGUAGUUAAUGUAGUAUAAAGUAGGAAUGAAUAAGAUACACUUCCUAAAUGAUUUUUAAUGUUAUUGUCAUUCUAAAGUAUUGAUUUUUUUCUGGAGGCGAAAAAUGUUGUUAUUCUAUACCAGUUGACUGCGGGUAGCCAGCCUUUAUAUACAGUAACAGUAUUAUAGCUGAAACUGUAAUGUUUAUGCAUCGUUAACUAAAGUUGCCACAGAAGUUCCUGCUAGUAAAAACAUGAUCUACAUGCGUCUGCUUUGAGUAUGUAGAUGUAACAGUUCCUCUGUGUGUGUGUGUGUGUGUAUGUGUGUGUGUGUGUGUGUGUGCGCGUGUGUGUGUGUGUGUUUAUGAGAGCACACUUGUCGUGGUAGCUUGGGGACUCAGGGUGUAAACUAGGUGCUAAUGCAUCCUUUUGCCUGUUUUGUCAGCGCAAACGUUCUAAUUAAUGGGAAUGGAAUAAAUAAAUUAAGCUGCCACGUCUCCGAGCAGCUGAGCAACUCGAGCAGAGUGCAUCUGCACAAAGAGAGAGAGAGAGCGAGAGACCUAAAGAGAGAGAGAGGGGGAGAGGGAAGAAAAAUAAAGAGAGACAAACAAGAGGUUGUUAACCUCUCCCAUUAUAGCAGCCAUGACCUAGUAGGACAGACUUUGAUGACAGAUUUUUGUGUGUGAGGGGAAAGAAAUGACCCUAUUUGGCUCUGCCUGAUGUUGUCGAUUACCCAGUGUAUGUGAUUUUCUUUAGAAUUUAAAGAAUUUGUGAAUUUAUUCUUUAUAAAUUUAAAAAUUAAUAAUACAUAUGUUGAUAUGUACUGAAACUCAUAACCGGAAAGAUGCCCAACACGUGAAAACAAUUUACCUAAUAUAAAAUUAUUCUUUGCACUUUGGCAGUGUUGUUUGUGAAACACUGUGGCUACAGACAGCGCUAGUGUUCUAGCAGGGACCUUUCUUUCUGCUGCUGUUGUUUUGCUGUAUUGUAUAUAUUAAAUGGCAUAUUGUGUUUUUAACUAGGGUCGGACCUAUAAUGGAGAAGCUUAUGGGUGUUGUACCCCCUCUAGCAGAAACAGAGUAUUAUAAACCGCUUGUCUACGGUCCCUCAUAGAAACUGUGAAGUAGUUCCACGCAGCUGCCUGCUGCUGCUCAAACUGUUCAAAAAAGUCAUCUUUGCUGACCAGCUUAGGAGAGUGAACCAACAGCUUAUUUAAUCACUAGCUCUUUUUUAAUUAUCAAUUUAUUAUUUUUUUAACCUUUUUUCCUUUCCUUCAUUUUUGACCAUUUUUGGUUAAACAUUUUGUGUCCAAAAAUUUUGUGCGUUCCUAAUCUUGAUUACUACUGUAAUGGGAACUGCACUCUGAACAGCUUUAUUUGCUCAGAAAAGCACUAAUAUUAAUAAAUACAAAUAACUUCAGUAUAAUAAGCAGUGUUUUUGUGUAUGUCAGUCUGUUCAUUUAACCGUCUAUAAAGCUCUCCUUCUAGCAGCCCAUUAUUAUUUAGAGUUACAAUCAGUGGUACUCAGUGGUUUGGCUACUUAAUAUUUCUUUAUGUUAAAUAAAGUGUGCUGGUGCUAGAAUUUCACACAUGCAUGGUUAUCUAUCUAGGAGAAAUCUGGAACCAAAAGUUGGUUAUCAACUCACAAAUUAUGAACUACAUUUUUGAAAAAUAAAAUCUUGUUAGCUUUUGUUGUAUUUAUGUCCAUUUGCAUUUAUUCUAAUGAUAUAUGAUAAAACGUUUAUUGCCAAGUUUAACAGUUUUAACAAUGUGCUUAGCCGCCUAAAGACUUUUGCACAGUUACACGAUAGAUAGAUAUAGAUAUAGAUAGAUAGAUAGAUAGACAGAGAGAGUUAGUUAACAGAAUGAAGGAGCUGUGGCUUCUACUACUGCACACUGUGAGGCUUUAAGUAAACUGGGCCCAGAGCAAACCUAUUGUGAUCUAAACAUUUCUGUAUUUACAUAUCUCCUCCUUUUGUCUCUCUGUGUAUCUCUUACACACAUACACACACACACACACACAGACACAUACACACACACACACACACACACACACACACACACACACGUACACUCUUGUGGAGCCUCGAGGGUGUGUGGGGUGGCCGGUCUCCAGUGGUGGAACAUCUGUGUGGCUGCUUGCUGCUGUGUGUGUGCCGGGUCUCUGAAGCUCCUCUCUGCCAGCAGGCCUGAGCUCCACUCUCUCCCUCCACACCACCCGGCACCACCCGCUGGCCAUGCUGCGCAGUCUCACACCUACACACACACACACACACACACACACACACACACACACACACACACACACACACACACAAACACCCUGCUCUCUGUUAAUCUGGCUCGGCCUCUCUCUUUCUCUCUCACACACUCACACUCACACAAGCCAAGGCAAGGUUGUUUGGUCGGCCGGGGCAGGUGCAGUGAUUAGAGUAGAUUUAUUGCGGAUGCUUGCUCUCUUUUUUGUCUAAUUUUAUGCAGUAGCUUUAAUUACAGUGAGUUUCCCUCCAUCAAGCUUACUGAGACUCAAACUCACUCUCUCUCUUCCUCUCUCUCUUGCUCUCUCUCUCUCACGCACUCUGUUUCUUAUUUGCUCGCAAUCUCUCCAUUUACAAAGCAUUCUAUUGCCCUGACAGAUGAAUAAUGCUAUUAGAGUUCUCUCUCUCUCUCUUUUUCUCUCUCUCUCUCUCUCUCUCUCUCCCUCUUUCUCUCUCUCUCUCUCUCCUCCUGUUGUCUCUCGCAGACAUCAUUUGGGACUGUAACACUCUCAUUACAACUGCGUGGCUGUCAACACGUACAUACACUCCUGUAAUUUCACACUCAUCCAACACUUUACUGUAUACUUUCAAAGGCUUCUUUGCUGCCAUGUUCACAUAUAGACACGAACUAAAGCUAAUUUAGCCAUAAUGCAUUUAAUUGGUCAGUAAUGUAUUAUGGUAACUCGUGUAUGUUAUCAAGCACAGUACAAACUGCUGAUACUGGUUUAGGUAUUAGUGUUUUGGAUUGUGCUCAAAAGCGCCCACAUUAUGGAAAAACAAAAUUUUUUCACGUUUUUUGAAAUAAAAGAGUUAAUGAAGUCCGUUUAGUCCAUAUAUGGAAACUAAAUUACAAAAAUAGCCUAUUUUUAAUACAUGAUUUUCAUUAUGUCAUGAAAGCCAACACAUGAACAUACAUCCACAUAUUCUACUACAGUUUUGCUCCACCCACUCACAUUGAGGUAUGGAGUGUUUCAGCUCUUCUUCGACUGCUUUUUAAGUGAGGCAAGACACAGGCCAGCCACUCAAAGCAGAGCUCAUUUACAUAAUUAGGUUUUGAAGGCACAGUAACAACAAAAGCUUGUUUAAUUCUGAAGAAUAAAGAAAGGCUGGGAAAUGGUCAUAUAAGAAUGAAUUAUUAUGUUUUUGGUAUAUAAACCUAAAAAAAUAAAUAUGGACCCUUUAAUGUUAAUGGUAGGUGGUUAACAAUUCAUUCACAAUAUUUAGUUUUUUAUAAAGAUGUGAUUAGUUAGAACAGACAAAAAUGCAUCAGUAUUGCCAUGUUUAAAAAUGCUCUCAAAACCUGUCUGUACAAUGCCUUUUAUUCAACAUUUCAUAUUUUCCACUCCACUAAAUCCAGUAAAAAAAGACUAGUUUGGCUGUCUUUGUAGUAAAACGUGCAGUUGGUCAUUUUUUAAGUACUGACAAUAUCCACAGUAUGCUCAGAAAAUCAAACUGUGGCAUAUUGUUUCAUAAUAUAUCACAAUGUGAUAAAAUAUUGUCAUAUUGUGAUACAUUAUGAAACAAUGUAUCACAAUAUGAUAAAGUAUUUCAUAUUGCUUACGAAUACUUAAUCAUAUACAGGAGUUCUUUUCAGUUUUCAGCGGUAUUUGUCUGAAAGGCGGAUGAAUAGUGGUGCACAGUGAUAGACCUUGUUCCUCUGAGGGUUUCCCCCGGAGAGAGCAAAGCAACUUAACAUGCUCGCUCUUCCUCAUAAAAACGGGACUACUUUUUCGUUUCAUUUUUUUCACUCUCAAUCUGUUUUUCUCUUCAAAGUCCCGAAAUCCCCAGUGAUUCAGAUGACUGGAGCUAUGAGAAAGCGCCGAGGCUCAUCUAUGUGUUUGUGUGUGUGUGUGCGUGUUUGUGCACAUGUGUGCCACAGCGCAAGACUAGGCCACAACAAACGGCAUCUGCAAAGUAGCAUAUGUGAGCCAAACCGCUACAGGACCUCCCCCUCUCCACACACACAACACACAUCACACACAUACGCAAAUACACUCACACACAGCCCACUGCACCUGAACCCCAUUUCACACCUGAUGCUGGGGGUCUGAUUACUCCCCCCCCACCCACACACACACAGAUGGGCUCCAGCACUCUCUGGGGUCCAGGGUGGGCCCUACACCAGGGGUUCGCCUGACCGUCACUGACUGCUCAGAGUGAAGCAGCACUGGGCUGAGACAGUGGGUGCCACUGGGCUUGACUUGUUCUCCUCACUGGUUCCAGAUUGAGUACUGCUCAACCUGUCCAUCUGCUGCCACUUAAUGUGUGUGAGUUUUGCGAAAGUUCAAACAAACACUGUAAAUGCCUUGUAACAAUAAAGCAAGGGUAAGCAAAAGACAAAUUACACACAGACAACUCUUCGUUUAGGUCCUCCGCGGCAUACUUGCCUUAAAAGACUUCUUCUAACAUGUUGUUUAAUUAUACCCACUAGUAGCUCAUUGAAAAAAGGGAAAGAAUUAUUUAUGUGGAUUCUAAAUUUCAGAUCAGAUUUGAUUCGAAAACAAUUAUCUGAAAUCUGAAAUGCAAGUGCUCGUUUUAAAGGCAUUAUAAAAUACUCUAUAUAUGCACACGUUAACUAAAUUCAGUAUUAGUGCACUGAGGUGCUAAAGUGCUCCUUAUAUAGACUGGAGAACACAGUAGUAAGUGGCCCAAAACAUAUUAAGCAUACACUACGUAAGAACCCAAGGGGCUGACACUAUAUGUUCAAGUUUAAAUGGCCAAAAACUAAAAAGUUAAUGAAAUUACUUAAAUAUAUAAUUAUGGGGUACUAAAUGUUCUAAAGGUUCCCAUUUCUAGCAAAGUAAAAAAAUAUAUAUACAUAUACCUUUGUUGUGCUAUCAUUGUGCUGUCAUCAUUCUGAAAACAGGUACCAAACACCGCUGGUUUUAGCUGCAUGCUUCAUUUUUAGCAGGUCAGCCUAGCAGAACCAGUUGCCUGUUUAGCCCUCAUGCUUAGAUUUAAAAAUGUUCAGUUUUUGGAAAUGAACUAAAAUGAGAUAAAUGUGUUUUUAACUAAUAGCAUUGAUCACACAUUUGUUUAUUUGUCAGUUACUGAUUAACUGGUUCAUCAUUUACAUCCCUAAUUGUGAUUUUAAUUUGAAAAUUUGUUGUGUGUAUAGUUUUGUUUUGUGAAAUGAAAAAACAUCCAUUACAUUUUUGCCUUUUUUAUAAUAUUUUGAGUCAAAAAUACAGACUGGAAUCUGUUAAUACAGAAUGUAAAUGUAAUCUGUUAUAUAACUACAUAAUUAUUAAGUACACAUUAAGUAAGUAUAUAAUGUAAACUGAACGUGUAGUAAAAUUAUAAUAUUAUUUCUACAUCUCUAAGGCAAUAUGGCCCGAAUCAUUCUUCACUUUUCAAGGUUUCCUGAAGAGCUGUGUCUUCCAUCAUUAGACUAAAUCAGUCACAACAGCAGGGCUUGCUUAUAGCUUCAGUGCACUGUGUAGCGUACUCCAGAAAUGGGCAUAUGUAUGCACUGUAUACAGGACCUGAGGAGGCUCACUCUUCCAGUGGCGUCUGUUCAGUGUUAGACUGUUCAACUGAGUUAACCUGAGCGCAGAGCGAGAGUUCCUGCUGUCGUUCAGUCCUGCUGAAGAUUUAGGCCGUAAUCCGAGCGGCUGUGUUUAUAUCUAUAGAGCAGAGGAGGUGAACAUAAAAUAGAGGCGCGUGGGGGGGAAUAAAGCAUGGAGGUGCUUUCUCUGUCUUUCUCUUUUUCUCUCUCUAUCACACUGAGCCGUUCUGUUUUGUGGUUAGAUUUUUAUCUGUGGUUUUGGCUCUGAAAAGACUUAAGAACCAACCCCACCGCCACCUACUCCGGCCCCUGUACUUUUAUUAUACUUUCAUUAUUUGCAGAACUUGAAUUUAUUAUUCCUUAGGUCCCACAUUUGACUGUCAUUUGUGUGGGUGUUGAUUUGCAGAGAACAUCUGAAAAUGUGCUUUUUAAGAUACUUGCGAGGUUCCCCAAGGCUGUAUAUUAGGCACAGGAAGAUUUCCAUCCUGCUGCACAACCAGAUGCAAUUUUGAACGUGGCCAUGUGCAUUUCUUACAGCAAGAAUGUCACGUUGUUUAGGUGGUAUAUAUAUAUAGCUGCUGUCAGAGUUAACAAAUCAAUUUACACUGAUUAUGUAAAGCGCUCAACACUUUAAAAAAAUUCCUAACAUAUUUUCGUAUGAAUCCAGUUUUCGCAUCAUGCAUGGAAAAUUUAAUGUUAGUGAGACUGUAGUGUAGUGCCAAAUGGUGAAAGGAGGAAGCGAAUAGAAAAUGAAUCGCCCAAUAGGUUGCUGUAGAUCCCUACGGGCAUACCUGUCUAAAAGGUUAGGCUAUGAUGACACUAUUUGCAUAAAGUGCAUGAUGAUAUUCAGCUGUCACUGAAUGAUUUGGCCAUUUCCAAUUACACUGAAAUGUAGCCAAGCAUGUCAGUCCCAACUUGCAGUUUCAGCAAGAUGGAGCUUCUAGCUAAAUAAACAACACUGUACUUUAUAGUCAGGAUAAAGAAAUAUUACUCCAGUUUAAUACUUUCUUAACCUUUGACUUUCUUAAUAUAUAUUUUUGUAUUAGGCUUUUUGCGACACAUGUUGUCUCAAAGCAGACCAGACGAGAGGGUGACAAAAUCUCCUUAAGAACAUGAGCGGAACCAACAGUCAGAUGAGGCCUCUGUCCUCCUCUGGUCCACACUGGUGUUACGAUACCAUAAUAAGUAGCACCACGUUGUAGAUAUGAGAUUAAACAGAGGUGCUCAGAUCAAACAGAGGAGAGACUGGUGAGAUAAGCCAGUGACUAACGUUAAAAGUCAGACAAAGAUCUGGUGGACUGCUGAUUGUGUCAGACAUAUAUAAGAGAACAUAGUAGGGAAGUGAGUGUAAGGUAAGGUAAAUUCCAGCAGCACCUAGUUUUGUGUAAGAUGUUUCUUUUCCAAGACAACUUUGAAUCUAUCUAUCUUUUUUUAUCUUUCUGUCUUUCUUCCUUUUUAAGUCCUGUUAAAGCAUUACAUCUCAGACCAUAUAUCACAUUUUUGGCACCCCACAACCCAAAUUAGAACUUUUUACACUUAUCUUUAAAUUUGAUCAAAUUCUCACAUGCACUUAAGCAUCAUUAACUACAGCAAAUCAUGAUUAGCUUUUUUUCCAACUAUUUGGCACCACAGACUAUUAAAAGACAUGUCUGUUAGGAAAAAAAAUUUCCACUGCAUUAUAAGCAGUGUGAGUCCGUUCUGUUACAGAAAUCUGUUGCCAAUGUAAGCUAACACGUUACUAUUCUUUACCCUCAGGAUUCACAGAGGAAUAUAUGAUAGCUGUUCUGAGUCGCUCCACUGAGCCUCAGAAGUCAUUCUUAGAACAAGUGACAUCAUUAUUUUGCCUUCACUUCACUGUUGUGGUAGGACAGGUUUCAUAUUUUAUGGCGGUAACCUUUACUGUUAGUGCUAGCACCUGUGCCAAACACAAUAAAGAACAAGGCCCUCAAUGCUUUCAUGGGCAAGUUUAAGAUAUGUUGAGCCUCUAAUUUCCUCUUUAUUUGCAAGUAGGCAAAUCUGACAGAAAAGGUAACUGGAACAAAACCUGCAAUCAGCUCUCUCUCGCAUCUGUAUCCUUUCAGCUUUAUUUUGUAGUGUUUGAUAGCCUGAUGCAAGACUUAUUGCACACUUUUCCCCCCCAUGUUGAGUCACUGUAGAUGUUUCCCAACUUUAGAUCAUUUCCCUCCUCUCUCUCUCUCUCUCUCUCUCUCUCUCUCUCUCUUUCUCUCUCUCUCUCUCUCUCUCUCUCUCUCUCUCUCUAUCCUGUCUCAGAGGAGCUGUCCUGGCUGGACCUCCAGUUGAAUUUCUUCCUAACACAGAGGGUCUUUUGUGGUUGCAUUCUUUCACAAGGUGUUUGUGAAAAAGAGCAGGAUUGCUCUCGUCCUUUCCUUCUUUGAGGCUAUACAGCAUUCUCUCUCCCUCUCUCUUUUUCUGUCUCUCUCUUUCUCUCUUUCUCUGCUCUGCUUAGUAAACACUCAUGUCCUGCACUCACAGUUUAUCACAGAGGGACAAAGCCACAGAGCCUUGUUCUGGACACACACACUAACAGAGGCUCUUGCUAAGGUUCGAGUGCUUAGCUUGGAAUUCUUUUUUCUGGCAUAAUUCGACCGUCCAGUGGCUAUUCUGAUGCCCUUAAAGUCUGUCUGCUUCUGUUUCUGUACUAGAACCGCAGUGAUGUGGAUUUAUUUUGUCAAUGCAUCGUUUACUUAAAACUGCUCUAUAGUGUUCAUAUGAGAGUUAGUUCAGGCAAAACUAAUUGCAAUUUUUAUGACCAAUAUUGGGAUUGGGAUUAUUUUCUAUAAAUUAAGGUCAAGGCCUGUUUUUCAGCCAACAACACCAGCAUAUCCACUUGCUGAAUGCUGAAUGUUGUAUGCAGGACUGCCAGUUAAUGGUUGUUUUGCCAUGUAUGCAGCAUGUGAGUAUUUAGUUGCUUCUUAUUGGUCUGACUCAUCUAAGGGCAGUUAUUGGGUAAAUUUCUCCAGUCAAAACUUUGACAAUUUAAGCUCUGAUUAGCUGUAAUUAAAUUGCAGCUCUUGCUGUUUGAGAACUGCACUUUUCCAAAUUGUAAUUUUGAUAUGACAUUUUCUUUCAGCCCUGCUAUACACACUGAGGCAAUAUGGCUUCUCUCAUUUCAUUACAUUACAUAAAGAAAGCUUUCUUGGUAUGAACUCAAGAAAGCAAGACCCUCAAAAGUCCUAGCUUGCAAACUAUGAUAUGCAGAAGUGGAUGUCAUGUUUCACUUUAGCAUGAUGAGGAUGUACAAAUGAAACAAAAGCAUCCAAAUUCCAAAACGUUUUUCUACUCCCCUUGGCAAUGGGUAAGACUUUGUAGCUUACUAGCCUACAGGUUGGAAAACAGAAUGUUUCAUGAAGCAGACAAACAUUUCACUUAUGCUAAGUGUAGUAAAUCUAAUGCCGUACAGAGAUAACAGUUCAGUAAUGAAAUGAAAAGGCUCCAAUGCCGUCCAGCCAUCCUAAAGUGGAUAAAAAUAGUGCAUAGAAUGAUGUUAAAUCUGUUUUAGGAUAAUGUGUGUGCGUGAUAAUUUUGUUCAUGUCAAUUAUGAGCAUAGUAAUGUUUAAUGCAAUUUACGUUUAGUCAUUGAUGUAUCACAUCUGCCAGAAUUGAGAAAACAGCAAAGGUAAUCAGGUGAUACCCAGUAAAUUAUAUAGUACUAAAAAGAAAUAAUAAUAAAUUAUUAACAUUUUCAUUUUUUGUAUUGGAUCAGACAUGUGAUUAAUCAGCAGUUAGAAAUAUCUUUUAUCUUCUAUCUUCUAAGCCGCUCAUCCUUCUGGGUCGUGGGGGGGAGCUGGAGUCUAUCCCAGCAGUCAU